GCCAGAGUCCACUGCCAAUCUCCUCACUGCUCAGCCUCCAACUGCCUCCACGACCACCAUGAUCAUCACCACCGUCGCAUUCCCGUUCGUCUCCUCCUUCCACCGACCGCGCCUCAGGCCCUGCCCGCGGCGCGCCGUCUUCCUCCUCGUCCGGUCGGCCUCAUCGCCGUCGUCUUCGUGGGAGGAGCGCGAGGAAACGCGGUGGCUGCGAGAGGAGCAGCGCUGGCUGCGAGAGGAGCAGAGGUGGCUGCGCGAGGAGUCGCGGUGGCGCGCCGAGCGCGAGGCCCUCCUCUCCGAGAUCACCGCGCUCCACCUGCGCCUCCGCGCGCUCGAGCCGCUCGCGGACGCCACCGCUCCGGUGCCUCCGCCAAAGCCCAAGCCCAAGCCCGCGGAGAGUGUUGCUCCGCCUCCACCGCCAGUACCCGCUGCGCGCGUUGCUUCGCCUCCUCCGCCCAAGCCCGCGGCGCGCGUGCCUCCUCCCCCGCCGCCCGUGCCGGCGACGGCGAAGGUGGUCGAGGUGACGAAGGAGGUGAUUGUCGAGGAGAAGGCGAAACCCAAGGCGGGGAGCAGCGGCGGCAAGAGGAGGGCGCUGAGGGUAGGGAGCGAAGGGGAGGAAGUGCGCCUCAUGCAGGAAGCCUUGGAGAAGCUAGGCUUUUACUCCGGCGAGGAAGACACGGAGUUCUCCAGCUUCUCAACCGGCACAGAGCGAGCCGUCAAGACCUGGCAGGCAUCGAUAGGGACUACUGAGGAUGGACUGAUGACAUCGGAGCUACUUGAGAGAUUGUUCACAGGACAUAUUGGGGAAGAUAUAGAAAAGGUAGGCAUAAACGGAGCACUGGUUCAAGCUGUAACUGAAGCUGCAGAGGUUCCACAAACUGUGGUAAAAGAAGACUUCAACAAACACAGAGUGUAUCUUCUUGGUGAAAAUAGGUGGGAAGAUCCCUCCAGGCUGACCAAUAGGAACAAGCCAAUCAGUGGUGCUACUACUGCGUCAACAAAGCAGUGCAUCACCUGUCGAGGCGAAGGCCACCUCCUCUGCCUAGAAUGUGAUGGAACAGGUGAGCCCAACAUUGAACCACAGUUCUUGGAGUGGAUUGGCGAAGAUACAAAGUGCGCAUACUGUGAAGGCCUUGGCUACACUAUAUGUGAUGCCUGUGAAGGGAAUAAAACAGUGAAAAGUUGAGCAAAAGACUUGUGAGCAACACUUAUUUGCGAACAUCUACAUCAGUUCAUACAGAUGCUAGCUAACUACUCCAGUUUCAUUGGAAUACUUUUGGAAUAUAUAUUCACAUUGUCGGCGUUAAUAACUUUUCAAAUUAUCAUCCCUAUAGAAAAUAGAUGCAUAGAAAGUAGGCAGUACAUUUAUUAUGUACAACAAGAGAUGAAAAAAUAAUGAAGGAAGUGAUUGCUUUGUAAA